AUGGCCGCCGCCAGCACCACCAAAGUGACCGCCGUCCUCUUCAUAACCAAUCUCCUCUUCUUCACCGCAUUCUCCGUCUCCACUGACUGUCACUGCGGCGAGUCCCCCAAGCCACCAACCCCCGCACCCAAGCCCCCAGCAGUCAAGCCACCAGCUCCUGCACCCAAGCCGCCAACCCCCGCACCCAAGCCGCCAGCAGUCAAGCCACCAGCUCCCGCACCAAAGCCGCCAACCCCCGCACCCAAGCCGCCAGCAGUCAAGCCACCAGCGCCCAAGCCGCCAACCCCCGCACCCAAGCCGCCAGCAGUCAAGCCACCAUCUCCCAAGCCGCCAACCCCCGCACCCAAGCCACCAACUCCUGCCCCCAAGCCGCCAGCAGUCAAGCCACCGGCUCCCGAACCCACGCCGCCAGCUCCCGCGCCGCCGCCCAAGUGCCCUAAGGACGUGUUGAAGCUAGGAGCCUGCGCGGACCUCCUGAAGGGGCUGGUCCACGCGGUGAUAGGGACCCCACCUUCCGACAAGUGCUGCGCCUUGAUCGAAGGGUUGGCUGACGUGGAAGCCGCGGUGUGCCUCUGCACCGUCAUCAAGGCCAACGUCGCCGGGAUCAACCUCACCGUUCCCGUCUCCCUCAGCCUGCUCCUCUCCGCCUGCCAGAAAACCGUGCCUCCCGGCUUCCAAUGCUGA